AUGGUAAAUUAUAAAAAUCGCAAAGAAAAUAUAAUGCAUCUCAUGCAGACUUUAAGACAUUUACAUUUGGAAAUUACAAGAAUAGGAAGACAAAUUAAUUCUGAUUAUUGCGUGCAAUUUCUGUUUGAAUUGGCAGUCCAUUUUACAGUAGUAACAUCGAAUGUUUAUUACUUAUAUUGUGUUUUUUCUGGUCUUAUAACGGUCAAUAACGAAAAAGUUAUUGCCAUGAUAAUAUGGGGAAGCAUUUAUUUACUUAAAAUUAUAUUAAUAAAUUGGCUUUGCACGAGUGCGUCAACUGAGGCAUAUAAAACAAGUGAAAUUCUACAAUCAUUUGAAGGAUCUAUUAUCGAUAAUGAUAUGAGAGACGAGAUUCAUCAAUUUACACAACAAAUAGUGCUUAAUUCAUUAAACUUUUCUGCUUGUGGUUUCUUUUCAAUUGAUAAUUCACUUACUGGCAAGUCACAACAUUUUUUGCUCAAUACCAUAUGA